AUGCACGUGCCAAAUGAAUGGACCCAUACGAUCACCAAGAAGCUCCAUGAGCUGGGCUACAAGAACCAGGCGAUCGACCUCGAGUUCAUCUUCACCAAGGAUGGACCGCAGCUGGUUGAGAUCAACAGCCGCUACAGCUACAUGGGCUAUUGGUCGUGGUACACGCAAGUGUCGCAGAAGUGCACGCUGAUGCACCAGCCCGAUGUGCGGAACCUUGAGAACCGGACUUGCUCCUGCCUCGGCAUGAAGGUCCCGAAGUUCCCUUCGGAUACGAACAUUGUCUCCAAAUUGGCAGUGGCUGUGUACACCAACAAGACGGGGAAGUUGGACACGAUCGUCAACACAAAUUUUUUAGACAAGUUCCUGGAGGACGGCAACGCGGAGUGCUGGAUCCCCAAGCCUGCGUUCAAAGCCGGCUUCAUCGGCCCAGAGGAGCUGGAAUACGGCGGCGGCAAGUGGGCCAAACUGGGGUUCAUGAUGCUCACGGCCAAGCGGACGGAUUUUGCCGCUACAAACACCAAGCUCGUCGAAAUGUUUCAGGGAAUGUUCGUGGAGCCAGAUUCGUACUUGCUGACCCAGGAUGACGAGAUGGGCUACGCAGUGCAAAAGACCGCCAUCGACUUCUGA